GAGCUCCCUUCUUCCAAUCUUGAUGUCUUUUUGUCCUGGUUAAACCAGGUUUGUUGUUGUGGACAGCGUGAGCUACGUCUAAUCUGACCGUCUGUAGGGCGUAUCGCUAGCUUGUAUGACGACAUCGAAUCAUCGACUCACAGUCUAAGAGAUCUAGAUACGCCUGCAAGAAGACGAGCAAAACGGCCAAUUAUGACGUUCGUCGGCCGGUAGCUUCGACUAUUUGUAUUUCGCCCAACCUAGAGAGCGGAGCGAAUCCAACCUACUUGGUUCUUAGAUGUGCCUGCACUAUUGCUUUCUUCAUAACUUCUUGUCAAGAUGGAAUCUUCUCUUGUUUGGAGGUGCAAGACCAGGUCAAAGUGACGAUGAUUAUGGCGGUUUCCGGUCGUUUUGACUCGCGGUGUAAUCGUACAAGGUCUCGCUGGCACCAUGCAAACUACCGCCGUAUCAACGCUAUCAGCUGAACUCACGACAGAUGGCACUCAGAUUUGGGCGUGACUUGUUGUGUCGGGGCGGUGCUACUUCGCGCCAUUUAUCUGCAGAUAUCUGCAGUUGCUUUCACAAAUUAGCGAGCAAUCGUUCCCUCAAGCCGGCGAGUAUCCCACGGCAGCUGUUCAGUGUUGUUGCAUCAAGAAUCAGACUGGGUCCGGCUUUUGACAUUGUGUCUCUGCAUUCUGGCAGUCCUUUGUAGGCAGUGAGGUGACAGGUUCUUCCCGUUAGUGGUGUACAUUUGGCCAACAUCCCGCCCCCUGAAUGGGACCUCGUUGUCGAAUCUUGCUGGAGCAACCACUUGACGCACAUGGUCGUGUUCAUGACGGUUCGGGACUUGGAGAAACAACGCGUCGUGUGUUCGCGCAGCCGUGCCAAAUAUACGGGAACUUUUGAAAGAUAAAAGAAUGGCAUGUUCCGUAGACUGAUAUGACAUUUGCAUGGGUUUAGUUAAUUAAGUGUGGGAGUCGUUCUUCCGGGAUCUUCUUGCAAGGUCAUUGUUCUGUCUCUUACAUUUGGCGACAACAUGAAUACGAACAGAGUUUUGCGUUUCUUAUUUCCUGGUCGGUCGUGGAGUCGCCUGCGUAGCCACGUGAGACCGUUUGGAACAGAGCGUAGUUCAAGGUCUAGCUUUGACGAUUUAGACUGGAGAUCUGGCUUGAAAACGACUGUGGCGGCUGUAACUGCUGUUGGUACCGUUAUUGCUGCUAUUGGUACUGUAUCCACAGCCAAGGCGGUGAAAGAUCAUCGCAAAGCUGAGGAGGCCUCACGUAUGUACGGGAAUUAUCCGGAAGUCGGCAAAUGUUUGGCAGAAAUUGCAUACUUCUAUGAAGACAGAGAGAAAAGACGCCGUAGAAAGAAUGCAGAGAAAAAAACAGAUAGUGCAGAGAAAAAACCAGAUAGUGCAGAGAAAAAACCAGAUAGUGCAGACCAAAGUUCAGAACAAGAAAAACAAGAAAAACAAAAAAAGAGAGAAUCUCUUGCUUUAGAAUGGGCUGAAGAGAAGAAAUCGAUGUUAUCGGAUGAAGUAAAGCGCGUUGACGAAUGUCGUCGAGUGACUAAGAAUUUUUUUGAGAAUGCCUACAGACUGCUGGAAAGGAAUCUCGUAGACAAGGAUGUGUUUGAAGAAAGCUUUUAUGCUCAUUCUGGUAACUUCAAGCGCUUAGUGGAGCCUCUUGAUAAAGCCAACUUUAAACUGGUGAACACAACAGAGGCAUAUGAGGAUGGAAGCAACAGACCAAGGAUUUACAUCACAAUUGAAGAGGCUGCAAGUAACCCUGCCACAAAGGGUUACUUUGGUGAUUUGAGAUCUUGAAAGUACUGCAACUGUUUUACAUACGUUUUUACGGUUUUUGUUUUUGUUAGUGAAUGAUUUCAUGUUAGUUGCAUCCACCUGACAUCCUGCUUGAUGUAUUGGGAGUUUGUGAAUAUUGGAAAGGCAAUUAAAGUAUCUGGAAACAUGUCAAAACGUGUGACUUUGCUAUACUAAGACCACCAGCCUCAAUUUGUGAAUCUGAAACUUUCAUUCUCUGGAGCUACUGUACUAGCUAGUCUAGAUAUAUAGUGUGCAAUA